UUACAACUCCGUUUCUAUUGGGGGGCUUAUGGAGGCUUUUCAGUGUUGGUAUGAUAGGCACGUUCCUUAUCACCAUUUAUGUGUUUAUUUCCAAUCUCCUGCAUCCUGCGUGGAGAACAUUAGUGUGUGAGUGGGUUGCUUUGGUUGAGCCUCAAGAACGAGGCCCGUCUUUCAAGGAGCUCAUGGAGGAGUGGAGUCCAAGACAACCGGCUGUCAAACAGCUGAAGCGGCAGUUCCUUGACGCUCUGCAGGCCAACGAUGCCCAGGAGGUCAUGAAGAUUCUGCAAGAUGGAAAACUAGACAUUGACACCGUUCUGGAGGUGGAUGACCCGAGCAUGCUGCUGGCCUCAUACAAGCAAGGUUACUGGCUCCCCGACUACAAACUGGAGAUGUCCUGGGCGAUGGGUAUUCAUGUGUGCGUGAUGUACAAUGCGGUGGAAACAGCUCUGGUGUUAAUUGAGGAAGGUGCAGCCAUCAACGGGAUGCCCAACGGGAAGACGCCGCUGCACGUGGCCUGCGAGGCUGCCAACGCUGACUGUGUCGCCAUGCUUCUGACCCACAAAGCCAAAGUCAACGGCUUGUCUCUGAGCGGACACACACCGCUGCACCACUGCAUCACCAGCGAGUCUGUGGCCUGUGCCAAGCAGCUCCUCAGCAAAGGUGCAAAAGUCAACAUGCCCGGUGACAACAAUGAAGCAGACACACCUUUACAUUCAGCAGCCAGAUUUGGCGUCCCAGAGCUGGUGGCUCUGUACUUGGCCAACGGAGCUGAUGUGAAUGCAAUCAACUCCUUGCAGGAGACCCCCCUGAUGACUGCCUGCUUCUGGGCUUUUGACUCUAAGGAGCAAAUGUACAGUGAAGAUCAUCAUCUUGUCUGUCGCCUUUUGCUCGACAACCAGGCAGAUCCCAACCUCCAAGAAGAGGACAAUAAGACAGCCCUUCACAAGGCCGCCUGGAACUGCGAUCACAUCCUGAUGCAGAUGCUGCUGGAGGCCGGAGCAAACACACGGGCCAUGGACAUCAACGGCUGUGCCCCCAUCCAGUAUCUCCUCAAAGUGACUGAUGUCAGGCCCAUGGCCAUACCUGAGCUCUGCUACCAGGCGCUGCUCAACCAUAACGCAGCACGGAUCUACCCCCCCCAGUUCCACAAGGUGUUGCAGUCCUGCUAUGACUGCACCGGAGCCGUAGAAGUUAUGGUCAACGCUUAUGAGCGCUUAAAGCCCACAAACAAGUGGAGUGCUGCCAUACCUGAUGACUGCUACAAGGUAGUACCCAUAUCUUCUGUACAUCAAUAGAAUGCGACACAAAGCCUUCUACGACUCUUUGUUCGCUGUUUGCAGCAACACUCCACGCUCCCUGCUGCAUCUGACCAGAUGUGCCAUCAGAGGCAGCCUGGGUGAGGUCUGCCAAAUAGGCGUAGCACAGCUGCCUCUGCCACCUCCCAUGAAGAGGUAUUUACUCCUGGAGCCUGAGGGGAUACUGUACUGAUGAAGAGGAUAUGGUUUCCAAAAAAUGACCUGAUGUGUGGGAGGAAAGUCAGCCUGUCACCUGAUGAGUUGAUAAAAACAUCCACUUCCUGUCUGCAGAGUGAGGAAAGUGAAAAUGCUGCUAGUUGGAGCUGCCACUUACAAGAGUGUCCCUUUUAUUUUGUUGGAUAACAUUCCCAGAGGUUUUUGUCUGGAACAUAAGGACCCCCUCUUUGGUGUUGGACAGUACUGAAAAGUUGCUGGUGUGAGUGGAAAUAUAAUCACAUGACUUACUAUAAAAGUCAUUCAUAUGGUGGUUUGAUGCGGGAUAUGACAGAGAAUGCCAUCCAACUAAUUACAAAUGAUGAGAAACAUGGCAGGAUUGAUAGCCAAGUGGGAGCUUACUGAUGAUGAUUGCUGUGCUGAUUACAAUAAUAGUUUAUAAUGUUUAAUAAGUGAACAUUAAUGUCUGAUGUCUCCCACCAUCACCUGCCCUAGACUUCUGUUUCUGUAAACACUGUUUUAUUUAAGUAUAAAAACACUAUAGCGUUUGACUUGUCUCUCUAUGACAGUGAUGCCUCAUCUCAAUCUACCCGGCAACCAUCCUUAAUGCUCACUCAUGCUCUCAUGAUACUCCAUUAUGCAGAACAAACACUUGACAAAGCCCUUCACAACAAGUGCUUGUUUUUCCAGUGGACUGCACCUGAAGCCAUAAAUGGGCCCAGCCAGAAAAAAAAAAUGGUCAUCGUAACAUCAGUCUCUACCUUAACUCAACAUCAGAAGUUUGAACUGCUUUUCUUUCUGACUUCUUAUAUCUCUUUCACCAGUAAAAACACUUAAGAUUUUCACCUAAAGCUAAUCUUCUAAACCUCUUUUUUAAAUCUCAGGCAGACCUUUAAUUAUGACCUGGGCCAUCAUCCCAGUCAGAAUAGCAUGCUCGUGUGAGGAUCUCUGGCGAUUUUAUCCUGAUAUUAGGACUAAUUUACCAUGGGGAGUUAACGCCAGCUUACAAUAGGAUGAAAGCACUCAACAGACUGAGGCUGCUGCCUGGAGAGGAAGAGACUUGCUGAGCUAUUGUGUAUUUUUUUUUAAAGAGGAGAAAAUAAUCCGGCAGCCUCGGGAAUCAUUAACAUGAAGGCAGAAAAAGGAUGAAAAAAAGAAAAGUGAGCUUUUUAUCACAAACAUGAUUUUAAAAACAUUACCACAAACCCAUAGCUAAGACAAAAUAAAGUAUAUUUUCCAGCAAACAUGUCAUAAAUGAUUCAAGAAAUGCCUUUGUGUGUGUUUUACAUAAACUAUGCUUUGAACAAUUGUAGUAU